AUGGACGAUUCAGUCAGAUCACUUAUUAGAUUUGUUAGUAGAGGAUUCUAUACCACACCAUUUGUGUUAAUUCUUGAUGCAGUCCUUCGUCAUUCAGUUCUUUCCGAAGAUGAUUUGAUUCAUUUAUUGGGGAUAAAGAGAAAAGAAUUACGUUCUUUAUGUAACAAGUUAGUUGAAGAUAGAUUAUUGACCAGUCAUGUACAAAGAGAAGAUAACGGUCAACAGAAAUAUGUUACUCGUACAUAUUUUUUCAUUCACACCACUGAAGCUAUUGAUUCGAUUAAAUGGAAAGUGCAUUCGAUUGUCAAUCAAUUAAAACAAGAAAUGUCUAGUUUUGGUAAUCCACAAGGUUAUGUUUGUCCUAGAUGUGGUAAUAAAGUUAGUCAGUUGGAUGCUAUUUCCAUGUUGAGUGAAGAUAAAACUGAAUUCAUUUGUGAUGUCUGCCAAGGAGUAUUAGUUGAAGAUGAUUCUUCUCAACAAGCAACAUUGAAACAAGAAAGAUUGGAAAAAUUGAUGAAACAAGUUGAUCCAAUCAUUAAAUUCUUGAAGAUUAUAGAUGAAACUCACAUUCAAGAUAAUGAUUUCGAAACAGCAUUACUACAAGCCAUUCCUGCACAAUCGGCCACUACUGCUUCAUACACAGUAUCCAACCGUGCCAACUAUAAAUCUAGUGCUCCUCAAUCUAUGAAUGCUACUACCUUAGUUUCUAUCACGGCAAAUGAUGAAAACUACGAACGUGAAUUACAAGAGAAAUUGGCCAGACAAAAGAUGUUGGAAACCAAUGCUUUACCUUCAUGGUAUUCUAAUUCAACUAUCGGAAUGCAAAAUUCGGUUAAUGAUUCGAGUGAGACAAAAUCAGGUACGGAAGAUGGUGGAGAAGAUGCGGGUGACGGAGCAAGUGGUGAGAUUAAAAAGGAAGAAGGAGAAGAUUCCUCUAGCAAAGAACCUGAAACACCGGUUGUUAAUACCACCACCACCACUAAUAAUAAUAGUAUCAAUAAUACUGCUGAGUUGAGGGAGAAAGAAGUACAAGAUCGGGAAGCUCAAAAUGCAUUGGCAGCUUAUUAUGCUCAAUUGGCGCAAGAUGAAGCUGAAGAGGAGGACGACGAUGACGAUGACGAUGAAGAAUUUGAUGAUAUACUUUAA